CCCGCCCCUGAGAGAGAGAGAAAAAAAAUGCAGAAGGAAUAACUAAUGAAGAAAUCGGGCUGAAAAGGAGGAGAGGAAGAAGCAGUGGGCUGGCGUUUUAAUUUGCUUUCGAAAUCGCGAAGCGUUGUGGAGGAGGGUGUGUGAGUGUGUGUCUGUGUGUAUCUAUCUAUCUGUCUGUGUAUGUGGUGUGUGUGGAGGCUGCGGCGGCCCGUAGUACAGGAGAUCUCGGGAGGAGAGCAGCUGGACCGCUGUAGUCAGCUGUGGCCCGCUGGAAGCUGCAGCAGCCCCGGAGCGAGCGAGCCCAUCUCCCCGAGCCCUGGAGCACCGCCUCCCGGCCACCUGCACCACACUGGGGACUGUGACCUUGAGCUGAGCAGCGGCGGCGGCCCCAUUCGCACUUCUGCUUUCACUGGAGGAGGAGGAGGAGGGGGGCAGAAACAAAAAGGGGAAAACAAAACAUUUCUCCCUCUGUUUACACUUCAUGGGGAUGUGUUCAAGGCAGGAGCGGAUACAGACAGACAUAGACAGCGUACUCCAGAGGUGCAAGGCGGACAAGGACUGUCUGUUUUCCGAUUUCAGAUAUUCUGAUUCCACCUUCACCUACACAUACACAAGAGGCUCGAAGAGGGUGUCCUAUUCAGUUCAUGUCUCCGAGGAUUAUCCAGACAAUACCUAUGUGUCAAAUUCAGAGAAUGACGAUGAUGUACUAGUCACAAGAGACCCCAUUCCAGUCAUUUUCCAAAGAAUAGCAACAGAAUUACGGAUCAAUAAUGAUGCCACAAGUUGCCUGUCGGUCAGAACAAAACUGCACAAUGAAAGGUGUCAGGAGUCCAGACACAGCUGCACAAUAGAAGAGGAUUCAGAAGGAGACAAUGAUUCAGAAGAAUUUUAUUAUGUGGGUCAGGGUAACUAUGAUGGAGAACUUCAUAAGCAUCCACAACUUGAAGCUGACCUGGCAGCUGUGAGAGAGAUCUAUGGGCCUGGAGCAGUAUCCCUCAGGGAGUAUGGAGCAAUUGAUGAUGUGGACAUCGAUCUGCACAUUGACGUCAGCUUUCUUGACGAGGAGAUUGCUGUUGCCUGGGACGUAAUUCGCACAGAACCUGUGAUAGUACGACUGCAUUGCUCUCUCACACAGUAUUUAAAUGGUCCAGUUCCAACAGUUGAUGUUUUCCAGACAUCUACAAAGGAUCGAUUCGGACUGGGACAUCAAUUAAAAAAAAUUAUGCAGACUUUUGUUACACAUCAGUGGAAGCAGAACAGCAAAGAGAAGCUCAACUGUCCCCAUGGUAAAAAGAUUAGUGAGAAGAAAGUGAAAUCCCCUCUACACAUUUUUUCAUCAUUGCGCAGGUCGCCAAGUUAUCCUCCACCUGGAUGUGGCAAAAGCAAAUCAAAGUUGAAACCAGAGCAGGAUGGAAUUACCAAGUCUCAGAAACUGUUAAAGAGGAGCUGUUCAAAUGCUAUCAAGGUGGAAGAUGGCUGUGAUUCCAAACCCCACAAACCUCUUGGCCGUUCCUUCACCAGUGACCCCAGAGCUGAACAGGCUAAUUCUACAAAGCCACAUAAACUUUUAAGUCGGUCAUGUUCUGCUACUAUGAGGCUAGAUGAAAAUAUUCCUUUGAAGCCCCAUAAGUUGCUGAGCAGGACAUGUUCUGGAGAUCCCAGAUGUGAGCACAACAGUGCCCCAAAGCCUCAUAAGCUGCUGAGCAAAUCAUGCUCCAGCACUUUGAAGACAGAGGAGUCAGAUGGACUGAAACACCACAAACUGCUGAGCAGAUCCUACUCUAGCAAUGCCAAAGUGGGUAAAACGGAGCUGUGUAAAGAACCCACUUCUGAGGGUAGAAGACUCUCACUUACCUCAGGUCUUAUUGGCAUAUUAGCGCCUUCCUCUUCAUCACAGCCUACAUCUGGCUAUAAUGCGAGAACACUAGUGUCAAGGGAGCAUGGGUUUCUCGUACAGACCAUUGAGUAUGCAGAGCAGCGGAUACCAAUCCUCAAUGAGUACUGCGUGGUGUGUGAUGAACCCCACGUCUUUCAGAAUGGACCAAUGCUCCGGCCCACAGUAUGCGAGCGAGAGCUGUGCGUAUUUGCAUUCCAGACUUUGGGUGUAAUGAAUGAAGCUGCAGAUGAAAUUGCAACAGGGGCACAGGUGGUGGAUUUGCUAGUGUCCAUGUGCCGAUCUGCUCUGGAAUCUCCCAGAAAAGUAGUCAUUUUUGAGCCAUAUCCAUCUGUAGUGGAUCCCCUUGAUCAUCGGAGCCUGGCAUUUAAUCCUAGGAAAAAAGAUUAUGAACGAUUAGUUAAAGCACUGGACAGCAUCACAUCCAUCAGGGAAAUGACCCAGGCACCAUACUUGGAAAUCAAGAAACAAAUGGACAAGCAGGAUCCUCUGGCACAUCCUCUGUUACAAUGGAUAAUUUCCAGUAACAGAUCCCAUAUUGUAAAAUUACCUGCAAACAGGCAACUAAAGUUCAUGCACACUCCACACCAGUUCCUGCUCCUUAGCAGUCCACCGGCCAAAGAAUCCAAUUUCAGGGCAGCAAAGAAACUUUAUGGGAGCACAUUUGCAUUUCAUGGCUCACAUAUAGAGAACUGGCACUCCAUUUUAAGAAAUGGUUUAAUUGUUGCAUCAAAUACACGAUUACAGCUUCAUGGUGCAGUGUACGGGAAUGGCAUCUACCUUAGCCCAUUGUCAAGUAUUUCUUUUGGUUACUCAGGGAUGAAUAAAAAGCAGCAGAAGGUGGCAGCCAAGGAUGAACAGCCUUCAAACAAUAAAGCAGCCACUUUACAGUCACAGAAAAAAGGACAGCAACCCCAGUUUUUGCAAAGUCGUAACCUAAAGUGUAUAGCCUUAUGUGAAGUGAUUACUUCACCAGAUUUGCACAAACAUGGAGAAAUUUGGGUAGUUCCACAAACAGAUCAUGUCUGCACAAGAUUCUUUUUUGUUUAUGAAGAUGGCCAAGUGGGCGAUAUCAGUACGAACACACAAGAACCCAGCAUACAUAAAGAAAUUCUUCGGGUCAUUGGAAAUCAGACAGCAACAGGUUAAAAGAAUCACACAUCGUCACUGACUGGAUCAGAAUACCUUUUCUGGCGUUUAAGCUGCAGUGCAGUUUUGAACUAAAAUAUUAACAAUCUGAUUUCAAAUGCACAAAAAUGAGAUUUUGAAUAACGCACUUUAAUUUUCAGAUUUCUUACCUGAACCCAACAACAUAUUAGUAAGUAAUUCCAAGUCUGGGGUAUAGGUUUUAUCAGAUGGUGAUUUUGUUACUUUAAAUUUUCCUGAAAAGAUUGACCCAAAUUUUAUUCAACUUUGGCACUGAUGGAGCAUUGAGCGUGAGGUUGAAUGCAGUUGCAGCCAGGUUGUGCUCCUGUGCUUGGUAAAACUGUGGGUCCUGACAACGUGUAGAACUGUGUAGUAUCUGAAAUAAACGAUAUACAAUGGGGCUUGUGGGGAAUACUUGAGGAAGAAAGUAAAUUUCUUUAGGCAUCAUCUGAUUCAAGGAGCCAUUUUCUUUCCACAUUUGUCAAGCUUUUUGUUUCUUUAUUCAUAAAAUUCUCUAAGUUUUAGGAAUGAUGAUAUAAUCCUGUCUCUUCAGGAACAGGAACCUGUAUUUUAAAAAGUCAGUGUGUUUUUUAAAACACCCUGGCUGUGCCAGUCAAACCAUGAUGAUAUCUGUUUUGAAAAUUAUUAUAUUACAAUGGCAAAAAUAAAUUAUUUCAAAAAACUGCCUGGGGUGCUUUGAUUGCAGGCCUAAGUGGAGCCAACCCCUUUCUAACGUGCCAUAGAGAGGCCACCUUUUAUAUGAAAGAGACCCUUUUUUAAACUCCUGGUGGUGAUUAGCAUUGGUGCUGGCUACCUCUAUAAAUUCCUUUUAAAAGAAAGUAAAGGUAAUAAAAUGUCAGCACAUUGAGAAAUGGUAUGCCAAAAUGUACAUUUUUUAAAACAGAGCUAUCGUGCAAAACUUUAGCACAUUGAAACAAUAGAAGAUACUCAUUUUGAUAUCUUGACUGGUCCAAAAAUAUAACACUUUUUGUUUCCAUAAAAG